AUAUGUUUGGUUUUAUUGCAUGGGAAUCGAAGAACAUUCUUGUUCUAAUGUGUGAGCUAUGGGAGUAAGGUGUUUAGUUAUCUUUUGUGAUUGAUGGAACUUUGGGUGGGUUGUGAUGUGUAAUGUUGUGUUGAUAGGAUAUCCAAUUCUAUCUUUUACCUUUUAUCUUUUUUUUUUCUUUCUUUUAUUGCAUUGAUUUUGAUUCUUUUUGUUUGUAUGUCCAUAUCAGAUUGGGUAUAAGGAAUUUGAUUGAAUGGACAUGAACUUUAGUAGUGGCCUCAGUUUUUCUGGGUUUUUCUUUUCUCUUUUAUUUCUUACAUAUUUUCCUUUUUUCCAUCUAUCUAUAUAUCCAACUAAAUCACUCACCACAAUGACAAAUUCUCUAUAGAAAAACAAAAUCUUGUUUUUUUAAUUCUCUCACAUGAACAAAACUUUGACAAAAUUUUGAUCUGUUUUGUCUCACUUGCAGACAGGAAAUUUGUCUCUCUUUUUUUUUUUGAGGAAGGAACUGUUCUUCAGAGAUUGGAGCCUUAGAAGAAGAAACCCUUUUGGAGUUUGGCCAUUAUGCAGAGGAUUUUCUGAAGAUUCAAGAACCUAAUAAAACAUCAUAAAUCAGCUAUGAAGUUUAUGAAACUUGGAUCUCGUCCUGACACUUUCUACACUUCAGAAGAUUUAAGAUGUGUGUCUUCUGAAGUUUCCAGUGAUUUCCCAAUCGAAGUGUCAGGAAGCAGAUAUCUUCUUCACAAAUUUCCACUACUCUCCAAAUGUUUAAGGCUUCAAAGACUAUGCUCUGAAUCACCAGAAUCCAUCCAACUUCCAGAAUUUCCAGGAGGAGUAGAAGCCUUUGAUCUCUGUGCCAAAUUCUGCUACGGAAUAACAAUAACCAUAAGCGCUUACAACAUCGUAGCAGCAAGAUGUGCAGCAGAGUAUCUACAAAUGUCAGAGGAGGUUGAGAAAGGUAACUUGGUGUACAAGCUUGAAGUUUUCUUCAACUCCUGCAUCCUAAACGGAUGGAGAGACUCCAUAGUCACUCUCCAAACCACAAAAGCUUUUCCUUUGUGGUCUGAAGAUCUCGCUAUCACAAGUAGAUGCAUUGAAGCCAUAGCCUCUAAGGUCUUGUCUCACCCAUCCAAAGUGUCUCUCUCACAUAGCCAUUCUAGGCGUGUUAAGGAUGAUGACACGUCCUCUAACAGAGCCGCUGCUACGAGCAGAGGAUGGUGGGCUGAAGAUAUAGCAGAGUUGGGGAUAGAUCUUUAUUGGAGGACUAUGAUUGCUAUUAAAUCCGGUGGCAAAGUACCCUCGAGUCUUGUAGGUGAUGCCCUUCGAGUUUACGCUUCUAAAUGGCUUCCUACUUUACAAAGAAACCGGAAACUAGUCGGCAAGAAAACUGAUUCAGACUCGGAUUCUGAUACAGAGUCUUCAUCGAAGCAUAGGCUGUUGUUGGAAUCCAUAAUAAGCUUGCUUCCUGCUGAGAAAACCGCUGUUUCUUGCAGUUUCUUGCUUAAACUCUUGAAAGCAGCUAAUAUCUUAAACGCAUCAGCGUCUUCUAAAAUGGAAUUAGCAAGAAGGGUGGCUCUUCAGUUAGAAGAAGCAACGGUUAGUGAUUUGUUAAUACCACCAAUGUCCUACAAAUCCGAAAUGUUGUACGAUGUGGACAUUGUUGCGACUAUCUUGGAACAGUUUAUGGUCCAAGGGCAGACUAGUCCACCAACAAGUCCUCCAAGAGGUAAAAAGGGAAUGAUGAUGGAUAGAAGAAGAAGAUCUCGUUCGGCAGAGAAUAUAGAUCUUGAGUUCCAAGAAAGUAGGAGAUCUUCCUCUGCCUCUCAUAGCUCCAAGCUUAAAGUGGCUAAGCUUGUUGAUGGAUAUCUCCAACAGAUUGCUAGAGAUGUGAAUCUUCCACUCUCAAAGUUUGUCACUUUAGCUGAGAGUGUCCCUGAAUUUUCAAGACUUGAUCAUGAUGAUCUCUACAGAGCCAUUGACAUAUAUCUCAAGGCUCACAAGAAUCUAAAUAAAUCAGAAAGGAAGAAAGUUUGCAGAGUCUUGAACUGCAAGAAACUGUCAAUGGAAGCUUGCAUGCACGCGGCGCAGAACGAGAUGCUUCCUCUAAGAGUAGUGGUCCAAGUCCUCUUCUAUGAGCAGGCACGAGCCGCUGCGGCUACUACGACCAACUGUGAAGGAGGCAAAAUGACAGAACUUCCAAGCAACAUCAAAGCAUUACUCGCUGCACACAAAAUUGACCCUUCUAAUCCAAAUGCAGCCGCUUUUAGCACGACUACAAGCAUGGCAGCACCGGAAGAUCAAUGGAGCGUCUCUGGUCUCAAAUCUCCCAAAUCAAAACUCUCAGGGACUCUGAGAAGUAAGCUAGCUGAAGAUGAAGAGUUAGACGAAAGGUUUAUGAAUCAAGACGGAGGAGGAAGGACUCCAUCUCGGUUUAAGGCUUUCUGUGCAAUUCCAGGUCGGCCUAAGAAGAUGUUCAGCAAGUUUUUGUCCAUCAACAGAAGUUCCAACGACAAACACUGAAAGAAGAAAACAGAAUUGUUAAUUUAGAUCUUUUUUUUUAGAAGGAAAAAUGUUUAAACCUCUCUCUCUCUCUCUCUCUCUGUAACUUCACCAAUGUUCAUUUAAUCUCCUAGAUGAUGGUAAUAAUAUUGUUGAGAAUUCA